UUGCGAGCGUAGUGUGCGUGAUAGUAUGCGCUGCCAUAGCUUCUUUUCACAUCAUGUUUACAUUCAAUUGCCUUCCACAUCCAUGUGAAAACGCUUUUUUGGGCAAUUUUUUUAUCUAUUAAAAACAGAUCUUUUCGUGGAGUUCCCACUGAAUAUGCGUAUAAUGUGACAAUGAGCAGUGGACAUUUGUGAAAUGAUGUAGGAAAAGAUGAAUAAAAGUGAUAUUUUCGUGUGUCAUUUUCACUCUCUUACCUUCAUAGAAACGAACAAAUUUUCGUUAUUUUUGCGACGAUAUGAUGAUACUUUGAAAUAUCCCAAUACCGGUCUAUGUGAUUUGUGAAAAAUAGUUUACAAUUAAGCAACAUUUCAUUGAAAAUUCUGCUAUUUCCGAGGACUAUGAAUACGACUGCUCUCUGGACGUUCUUGCUCCUUAAAUUAUGGAAUUGCAGAUUUCGUUAGUUGCCCAACGAAAUAUGGAAACAAUCAUCGAUGGAUGUCGACUUUGCUUGGAUUCGUUCGCUGAAAAUAGCUGCACAAUCGAAAGUCCGGAUCUGAAACAGCAAAUGCAGAAAGUGUUUCCUUUUACGAUCGACUGCAAAGAAGGUUACCCCACAAAUGUAUGCCAAAGCUGCUCGUAUACCAUUUCCGAAUUCUAUCAAUAUGCGGAGAAAGUUCGGCUCAAUCAAGAAAGGUUGAGCAAUACAGCACCCAGCGGGGAAUAUAAAUUAUCGUUUGAGGUAGUUACUAUCGAUCCGGACACGGAAUUGAAAUACUCCAUCAACCAUGAUGAUUCCAAGGAUUUGUGCGAUAUCAUUAUUCCAUCGGAUGUAAAUGAAGGAACUUCAGGAAGCAAGGAUGAUAAUGGCAAUGAAGGUUCGAUUAUUAACAAAAAAGUGGAAACUGAUAUUUCAUCAGUGAAAUCUGAGUCUGGGGAUGAAUCUAGUGGCCAUGAAACGAAUACAGAGUCAGGAAAACCAGCGAAGCCCUUGGAUGAAAGUGAAAGCACUAAGAAAGUACCGGGCAAACACAAAGCAAAGCGAGAUCAGGACGACAUACAGUUGAAUGUAUUCUUCAAAAUGGAUUGUGAAUUGUGCGGAGAAUCGGCGAAGAACUUCUCUGCGCUUCUCAAGCACUUUCGUACUAACCAUACCCGAUCUGGAUAUGUGGUUUGCUGCAAAACAAAGCUGUUUCGGCGCGCCCAUCUGCUUCAUCAUAUGGCGCUGCACACGAAUCCGAAUGCUUUCCGGUGCGAGUUGUGCGACAAAUGUUACAAAAACAAAGCAUAUCUCCACCACCAUAACAUACGAGUUCAUGGUAAUGAAAGUGAUGAUCGACCAUUCAAAUGUGAUCUGUGUUCGCAAGCCUUCACGAAGAGGUGUUUACUGCGGACUCACUCCUGCAAACAGCAAAAGGUGAAGUGCCCGGAAUGCGAUAAACAACUAUCCAAGGGGGCUCUGAGGCUUCAUUUGACCAAUAUGCACAGCAAAACGGAUCGGAAAAUGAUUUGCGACACCUGUGGCCAAGGGUUCCUAAACAAGCUUUGCUUUGAGAACCACAUAAGGAUGCACAUUGGUAUCGAAGUUCAGAAAUUCCAAUGUCCAAUCUGUCAGAAAUGGAUUAAGGGUGAACAUGAUCUGAAACGGCACAUUCGAAUUAUCCACUACGAGAAGGGUCAAACUCAUAUAUGUGAUGUUUGUAACAAGCAGUACCCCAAUUCCAAAGCGCUCAACAAGCAUAAGGGGCUAGUGCAUGUGGAAAAAAAGUUUGAGUGCGAAUUUUGCGGAAAAAAGUUUAAGCAUGCGUUAAACUUGAAGGAACAUCGAACCAUCCAUACGGGGGAGGUACUUUACUCCUGUGAUAUCUGCGGAACGACGAUGAACUCCAAAGCCAAUCUUUACACCCACACUAAAAAGAGUCACCCGGUGGAAUGGGCUGAAAAAAGAUCGAAAGCGGCAGAAGUCAACAUUCCUAAUAAACAAGCAUAACUUGGAAUUCACAUUUGUUUUCAUGAUGUUAUAGAAAUGUCUGACUCUUGGAAAGCUUACGAAAAGAUGAUCAGUCGUUCAUUACACU